AUGGGCAAACAACCCUUCAUGCUCAGUGGCACCGUCGACGACAACGUCAACCAUACACAGCACAUGUCAAACACUCGCGUACCACUCAAGGCCUUCGCAGCAUGCCUCCUUAUCCUUCUUCUCUGGUGGCAUAUACCUUUCCGUUCUAUUGUUAUCACUGUAGCGUCUAGCUCGGAUGAAUUAGCUAGGGAGGACUGGCGUGUCCUACCCGUGGGGACAAUACGCUGGUGGACCUGUCCUCCUCCGACUAACCCUACCGGUCCAGAGGGAGAAUGCGGGUUCCUCAUAGUACCGACAGACUAUACAGACUCGACGGCAGGAACGACUAAGGUCGCAUUAGGGCGUAAGCGAGCUACUGCUGCACCAAGACUCGGGACGGUCAUCUUCGGUGCUGGAGGGCCGGGCGGACCAGGAGGACUGGUAGUACGCUUGGGAGGGGAGGGGAUGCAGGCUUCUGUUACUGGCGAGCAGUGGGACAUCGUUGGCAUCGACCCUCGGGGAAUUGGUGAUACCGAGCCAACAACCCAGUGUCUUCUUCCAGGACAGAACAACGCCCUCACAGCAAACACUGUCCUCCUGCGGAACUUCGACUACUCGUCCUCCGUCCCCGAAGCUCAACUACGUCAAAGCCUGCUCAGGCAGCAGGAGGAGAUGGACGCCCUGGUAGAAACGCAGUACAGGAUGUGUGGGGUGAGCAUGGGCGGAAAGGUGCGGUAUAUGGGGACGACGAUUGUCGUGAGGGAUAUUGAGAGGGUCGUGAGCGCUCUGGAAGGGGAGGGGACGUUGAUAAACUAUUUUGGAGGCUCGUACGGUUCUAUCAUCGGGCAAUAUCUAGUCAACAUGUUUCCCGAGCGUGUGGGCAAAGUCAUGGUAGAGGGCAUAGUCGACGUAGUCGCCUGGGCCAACCAGCCCAUGUACAAAUCUUACCGCCAAUGGCUCUCCUCCACCGAAGACGCCUACACCUGGUUCACCACCGAAUGCGCCAAAGCCGGUCCGCAGACGUGCGAGCUCGCUCGGCGGGAAGACGAGGGCGAGUCUGAGCCUAUUCGAGAAAGACUGGAGGCGUUCUUUGAUCGGCUGUAUGAACGGCCUUUGACCGUGGCCGAUCGCCGGUUUUGGGGAAUCGUCACGUCCGGCAUGGCGAGAACGUUGCUCUUCCGAAUGCUACAGAUGCCGACUGUUUGGCCAACUACCGCAGUCGUUCUCUCCCAAGCGAUUCUCGGAGAUGGCCAAGCGCUGCUGAUGCUCGACACCCUCUUCGCAGGGUACAAAGACCUAGAGCGACAAGCCGUAUCAUGCAAUGACGCUCCCAAACCCCCGCUCUACGACCCACCGACAAACGAGCAGCUCGUCGAUGAGAUCUUGAGCGUGUCGAAACAGGUUUCUAAGUUUGCAUUUAGCGUGCUCACUGCAGAACCGGAUGCGCAGUGUCAUUAUUGGCCUGUGAACCCGCCAGAACGGUUCACGGGCCCGUGGAACCAUACGCUGAAAAAUCCGAUUUUGGUGCAGAGCAAUACCGCAGAUCCUAUUACGCCAAUCUCAAGUGCUCGUCUGCUCAAAGAUCUCCUAGGAGGCUCCGCGAUCCUGGUCCUGCAAAAUGGGCCAGGCCACGGCACAACCUCCUUCCCGACGUUGUGUACAAUCAACAUAACUCGAGCAUAUUUCACAGAUGGCAUCCUCCCGGAGGACGGUCAUGUUUGUGAGCUAGAGACGCCUCUGUUCCCCGCGGGGAAUCAUGAUGACCAGAAGAUAUAUACGAUAGCAGAACGCAACCAACUAUCUGCAGCUGAAAAGCUGUUUAUGAUGAUGAAAGGGUUUGAUAUUGAUGCUCUGUCCUCUUCCUUCGAUUAG